GGGGUGGUUUCUGAAGGGGGAAACUCAACCUGAGCGGCACCUUCCCUCUGCCAAGGGGACUCCAGGAAGAGGGAUGGAGUUUGAUCCUUCCGCACCCAGGGGUUGUGGUGAACUUUACCCCCCGAGUGAGGCCAGAGCCAGUUUAGGAGCCUCAGCUGUCCCUGGGCCGAAAGAGGGGACGGGGUCUUCCAGCUGAGCCUGCUCAGAUUCCCUGGCCGGUCGGCGGGCGGGCAGCCGGGCGGGCAGGAAGGCGGCCGGCUGGCGCUGGUAGGUUUCGGGAGCCGUCGGCCAGGCGAGGUGGGGAGACCGCAGGAUGCGGAGAAGCGAAGGCUGACUGCGGGUCGGUGGGGAAGGGGAGGCCACCGCCUUCGGACGACCCGGCCCGGGAUGCCCGACUGAGCCCCCUCGGGGAGUCCUGCAGGUGAAGCAGCUGCCCCCCGCCUCCUGCCAUCACCCCUGCCCCAGGAUGGCCAGCACAACCCCAGCCAAGAAGCCGUAUCGCAAGGCCCCCCCACAGCACCGAGAGCUGAGGCCCGAGGUGCCGGGGCUGCGGGCCGAGCAGGACGGCGUCAGGGCUGAGCCGUGCCAGGAGCCCCUGACGGAUGCAGAGAGGAUGAAACUCCUACAGCUGGAGAACGAGGAGCUGCGGCGGAGGCUGGCCGCUGCCACCACCCGGAUGGAAGCGCUGGAACAGGAGCUGGAGAGCGGCCAGGACUUCCUGGAGUCGGAGCUGGGCCAGAGCCGGGAGGAGCUGGACAAUUUCAAGGACAAGUUCCGCCGGCUACAGAACAGCUACUCGGCCUCCCAGAGGAGCAACGAGGAACUGGAAGAGAAGCUGCACACGCUGGCCUCUCUCAGCCAGAGCUGGAUUUUGGCAAUCAAGAAGGCCGAGACGGACCGCAAAACUCUGGACUGGGAGAUCGUGGAGUUGACCAACAAGCUGCUGGAUGCCAAGACCACCAUCAACAAGCUGGAAGAACUCAAUGAACGGUACCGGCAGGACUGCAACCUGGCUGUGCAGCUGCUCAAAUGCAACAAGUCCCAUUUCCGCAACCAUAAGUUUGCCGACCUCCCUUCUGAGCUCCAGGACAUGGUCAACAAGCACCUGCACGGCGGCCCGCAGGCCGACGGCCCCAGCUCGGGCCCGGGCCCCGGCGACGUGGUGCCCGCCGCCGUCAUUGCCCGGGUCCUGGAGAAGCCCGAGUCCCUCCUGCUCAACUCGGCCCAGUCGGGCAGCCCCGGCCGGCCCGUGGCCGAGGACGUCUUCGUGCACGUGGACAUGAGCGGGGCCCCGGGCGAGGCCCGGCCCCCGGCCCAACCCAAUGGCCAGUGUCGCCCGCCGGGCGUCCCGGCGGCCUCCGCCGAGGAGCCCCCCCUCCCCUCGUUUGAGAAGCUGAGUCCCUACCCCACCCCGUCGCCCCCGCACCCCCUGUACCCCGGCCGCCGGGUGAUCGAGUUCUCAGAAGACAAGGUGCGCGUCCCCAAGAACAGUCCCCUCCCCAACUGUACCUAUGCCACCCGCCAAGCCAUCUCCCUGAGCCUGGUGGUGGAGGAGGAGGCGGGGGCGGCGGCACCCUCCCGCUCAGGAGGCCCGGCCCCUGCCCCGGGCGGCCCGCCGCCCCCGCCCCCGGGGGCCCUCGCCGGCUCGACCACCUGUGAAGAGGACCCGCCGGCCGGCUGGCGCCAAGUGGUACCCGCGGAGCGGCCGGCCCCCGGUCCGCUGGCCCGCCCCGCCACCACGUUCAGAUGCCGUUCGAGCGCCUCACCGCUGGGGCGGGGCCGGGGAGCCUCAGGCUCCUCCGACGGGGAGGACCCGGCCCCCCCAGGAUGGGCCGCGGAUCCCCAGAGCCCCGGCCCCCGGCCUCUCCCGCUCAGCCCCCCGGCCCGGGGCCGCUGGCCGGACCCCGACCCCGAGGACGAAGAGGAGUUGAACCUGCCCGUGACUGUGGCCGAAGAGCAGCAGCGCCUCCUCUCCGGGCACGGGAGCGAGGAAGAAGAGGAGGAGGAGGAAGAGGAAGAGGAAGAGGAGGACGACGGGCCGCCUUCCCCUACCAGGGCCGGACCGGGCUCCAGUCGUCCCCACCGCAGCCCUAAGCGAAUGGGCGUUCAUCACCUGCACCGCAAGGACAGCCUGACCCAGGCCCAGGAGCAAGGCAACCUGCUCAACUAGGGGCUCCUCCAUGCCUUGGGGGACCCCCCCGCAGCGGGUCCCCGGCCUCCCCCUCCCCGGCCUCUGGCCUGCUCCGCAUCCUGACUCACCCUCUGCCCCCAGCCGGGGCCAGGGACCAGCAGCGCCUUUCGUUUGGGGUUUGCCUGGCCUUGAGUCCUAAGGAGGAGGCCCCAGAGUUUGGGUCGGGGGCAGCUCGCUCCCAGCACCUCCCCCCGAGGGGCUCCCCGAGGGUUGAUUUAGGCUUGGGUUGCCUCUUCCCUCCUCUGCCCACUCCUUCUCCCCUUCCAGCGCCCCUGGGUGCCCCAGGGGCCGGGCGGGAGCUGCCAAUGCCAGAGACCAGUAUCUGGGUCCCCGGGCCCACCUCCUCUCCCCUGGGCUGGUCUGCUCAUGGGUGGGGGUCUUCUUCAGUGUUUGCCCCCCGGCACCCACUCCCCAAUUUCAGGGGGCCAGGAGCAUUUGGGGAUUCGUUUUCAAGUUUAAACUGCGGGGGGAGAGGGGCAGGUCUCGGCGGCCCCUUGCCCUUCUUCCCCUCAGUACUGCAUCUUGUGCAGGGGAGCCCUUGGAGGUCGUUCGGGCCCGGGCUCAAUUGCUACUGCCUCCUUAGGGCCUGGGAGGAAGAGGGAAGGUGGGGAGGGGGUCUUCACCCACCCCUCACCCUUCCCGUUUUCCCCCAUCACCCCUGGCACCAGACUGUUGCCCUCAGGUUUGGGACGCUUUCACAUUGAUGAGUCUAUUUUAAAAUAAGAAAUAAACUAUUUUAUCGUUAA